GUGCCAGGCAACGGCGAGGCCUAAGAGACUGUUCUAAAAGAAACCAUACCAGCUGGGGACAUUGUGAGAACGUCUGGAAAGAAGACUACAGUAUAGUCAGAUCUCCCGGCGCUCUACUCAGCAGAGAGUGUCACACGGAGCCCUGACUAGAGUGCCUUUUCCUGAAUACCGAGACCCCUCUAAGAGACGCCCAUGGACUGCUGCCCGAUCUGUAAUGUGUAGACUCUUCCAGUGACGGGAUGCAUACUAUAGAACGUUGGCAUUCGUGCUCGAAAUCUGAAAAUUAUCUGUAACAAAGAUAAAUGAAGAAAUGCAAAUUGUUUUACAUUUCAAGAUGAUCCAGUGAUUCUGGAAAGGGACAAGUUUCCCCUCCUUGAAAACUGUGGUCUCAAGUUCUCUUGGUACCGUGGAUUGCUUUCUCUGUAAAAGUAUACGGAUUAAAGUGAAUCAUUUCCAAAAGUUGAAAAUGUCUCCAACAACCACCAAGGAUUCAGGCAUGUGCCCUGGAGGCACUUCGCUCCUUGUCUGCCUUCCACCUAUUUCUGAUAACAUACAGCUGAUAUGGACUCAGGCAGAGUUGACCAAUGAAUUAGAUGAUCACCCAGAGCUACUGCACACCUUUAGUUACUUCCCUUAUCCCACCAUGCCAGAAAUUGCUUUACUUUGCUUGCGUUGUGGGCUACAGAUGGAAAAGGUAAAGACUUGGUUUAUGGUACAGAGGAUCCGCUGUGGUAUUAGCUGGUCAUCAGAAGAGAUUGAAGAGACACGCUCACGUCUCAUGUACAGUCAGGACCAGCUACACUUCAAACCUCUUGUUGCCAUGGCAAAAAAAUAUAUUUUUCAGAGCCCAGAGAAACCAGCAGCAUGUGUUUCAACAGCUGAAUCAAGGGAACAAGUCAACUCUGCUUUACGUUCACAAAUCACAUGUGAUGCUACGCCAGAGGCCAAGAAGAUGAGAAUGUACUAUCCUACAUUAGAGGCAGAGAAAUCUAGGGCUAAUAUGUUUAACACAGAACGUAAAAUUCCUAGCCUAUCUAGGAUCAAUGAUCAUUCAGACACUUAUGGACAGCAUGUACCAGAUUUAUCUAUUGGUGCAGACUCUCAGUCGGAACUGAGGAACACAUCAAGAAUUCCUGUUGCUGGUCACAUUUUUGGAGUUAAUGAGACACAAGCUAGCCCAGCUACAGCAAGCUACCUAUCUGAUGAGGAACACUGCAAGAGAAUGGAGAAACCAUCUUGCACUACAGAUGGUCUCAUGUCAGCUCAAGGUUAUGGAUACCAAGAGCAAAACAGUGGAGGCUCAAAACGUCAGCGAAAGACCAAAGAACAGCUAGCAGUUCUCAAAUCAUUUUUCUUAAAGUGCCAGUGGGCAUGCCGUGAAGACUACAAAAUGCUUGAGGAGAUCACUGGCCUUCCAAGGUCAGAUAUUAUCCAGUGGUUUGGAGAUACCCGUUAUGCACUCAAACAUGGACAGCUCAAGUGGUUCCGGGACAAUGCUCAGGGGCGGCCCAGCUGGCUGGAUGAACCUCAGCAUCUAGUUACAAAUGGAAAACCAUUUGACCCAAAACUUUCAGGAAGCCCGGUUUCGGGAAAUGUAACACCAGUGGCUGAUUUCAAAGACAUAAAACUGUCCAUUCAGCCCACAGGAGCUGUACCAAUACAGGCACCGGAAGUUCAGGGUGGAUAUAUCUCCAAUAAAUCUUCAGAUUCAAUCACAGAAAAGGCUCCUGAUAACAUGGUUAUUACAUUGAUAUCUUCUUCAGGGACAGUGCACACAGUCAUGCAGCCUGGACAAGACAUGCCAGGCACAAUUCCUCCUUUUACAGACGGUUCAAGGACAGAAGGGCAAAUUAUUCCACCUGAUCUGCAGACAACAGCAAAGACAUGUCCUCCUACCCCAUCUCCCAUGCUUGCUACUUUCUCUCAGGUGGACUAUGGUGUUUUGGAAAGAUACUGGUCAGUUCACCACCACAUCAAGGAAGAUGAUUGCCAGUCAUUGGCUGCAGAAUCUGGGUUAAGUCGUGAGCAAGUGCUAGAUUGGUUUUGUCGUAAAAGUGAACCAGCUGAAGUAGAGCUUUGCCUGGAAGAGGAAGGGGAAGAAGAAGAAGAGGAGGACGAGGAGGGGGAGGAGGGGGAGGAAGAAGAAGAAGAAGAUGAAGACAUGAUAGAGGAUUAUGAUAAACUAGAGGUAGAGGAGGAAGAUGAGUAUGAUGUAGUUAUCCAGGAUUAGUUCAUCUUUACAGAUGCACCUUAAGCACCAUAACCACCACAGCUCAUUGUAUUGGUUAUGGUGCUAGGAGACCAAAAUGGUUUAACAGAAAACAGGGGAAAGACUCCUAGCACCUUUCCCACGACAAUAUCCUGUUGUGGUUAAGGUGCUCAGAGUGUGCCUUUUACUUAUCUCAAUAUUUUUUUAUUUUUAUAUAUACAGUGCCACAGUAGAAGUUGUUUGGUAAGUGCAAAUAAUUACUUCCUAUGCAUAGGAUAUUUUUUAGUAAAACCAUAAAAAAGAAAGGCAAAAGGAAAUAUGCCUUAAAUGUAGUGUUUACUACUUGUGAUAAUAAUAAGAUCCUGCUCUAUUUGUACCUAAAUUACA